AUGGCUUCCGGGGCGAUCGUCGCUGUCCUUGGCUUGCUUCUGAUGGGCGUCUUUGGAGCGGAGGUGUCCGGCGGUCUCGUCCUCACUCAGGCGGGCGGUGAUGCCGCCGCUCAGCCCAUCGAGUCUAGCACUGGCAUUCCCCGCAAGCUGCUGCAAGGCCCCCCGGUCAUCUGCGCGGUGGGACUCACGGUGUGCACCGUCUCGGCGCAGCUCCAAGUAGCGCUGGGGACACGUUUCUCGACCUCCCAAGUGUGUUGCCUGGGGGCUAUCUGCCCGACCGGUCUGGGGGCGACCGUCAGACGGUGCGUCUCGCCCCUGACCCCUACCCCGACGCCGACUCCGACUCCCACGCCCAGCCCUACCCCUGGUCAGAACCCCUUUUCGCCUUUCACCCUUAUGUUCGCGUUUUGA